AUGCCCUUCACGCGAUUGAAAGACCAGGAGAGCAACCGUGAGAAACCGCGGGAUCUCAAGAACCAAGGAACCGAAGAAAAGAAUUCCAAACCAAGAACAUACCACCCGAAGAACAACAUCAAGAAGAAAUCCACCUCCAUGUCGAAGCUCUCUCCGUCGCUCAAGGCACUCAUCAACGCGCCGUUUGCGCGCCCCGGCCAAGCGCCCGCGCCACGACACAUCCGCGAUGUCUACACACGCAUUGCCCGCGAGGCCCGCGAGCGCCAGUACGGCGACAGGCCGUGGGUGACGCUGUCGGCCGCCGCAACAUUCACCCUCAACUCCCCCGCCGCGCUCCUCGAACUCCACGCCCUCGUCCCCGACCUCACCUCCCCAUCCUCCUCCCUGGCCCCCCUAUCAACAGCCGAACUCCUCCGCGAAAUCGGCCUCAAAUGCAUCUCCUUCAACGGCAUUCCCCGCACCAUCAACACCCUCAGCGCCUUCCGCCAGGGUAUCGCCCACCACCCCUGGGCCAGCCAACUCGCGACCAAUCCCUCCCGGCAAGUCUCCACCGACAAUGUCGACGCCGUCGCGCGGCGCGGGAGGGAACUUUGGGAGAGUAUUUAUACGCCGUUUGAGGGGAAAUUGGUUGCGAAGUUGGCGGAGAGUCAUCCGGAUUUGCCGGUGCAUAUUCUGGGGAGUCAUUAUGGGCCUUUGUUGGCGGAUCCGGAGCGCGGGGGUCGGGGACAGGGGCAGGGGCAGCAGGGUCAGCAACUUGGGGUGGUUGGGCGUACACUGACGAGUGUGGUUGCGGUGGCGUGUUUGCGGGCGCAGACGGGGGUUGGGCCGCAGGUGGUGUCGCAUGUGUUUGGGUUGCGGAAGGCGGUUGAGCAGGGGGCGCAUCGGGAGGAGUUUGUUGGGCUUGAUGCGGAAGGAGAGAAGGAAGCGGAGGGUAUAGAAAGGUUGGCGGGGGAUGAGGGGUGUGAGUGGUUGUUGAAGAGUGUAGAUGCGAUUGCGGAGGCGGUGGGUGGGAGUUUUGCAAGGUGGGAUGGGGAGAAGGCGAAGAUUUGA